ACAAAGGAUCCCAGAAUGACGUCCACACUAUCGCGCGGUGCGAUCCUGCCUGAUCCUGGCGAGCUGGACAGCGACGGUUCGAGCGGAGAAGAUCGAGACGCCAGGAAGCGUCUCCACGGCGACCUGGACAGCACCGGUCCGAAGAAGCGCCGGAAACAGACGACCCCGGUGAGGUUCCCGGCGUCGCUGAUGACUGGUGAACGAGCGGAGUCUGAGGAUGACGGCGACGACGACGAGGCGGACGUCGACGAGGACGUCGAGGCUGAGCGGGAAGGUAAGCAGCAGCGUCGUUCUCCCCAGGACUCGGUCACCGGUGAUCAUCGAGUAACGAGCAAGGACGAGAACCUGAAUAACGAAUUCCGCUGCCAAUAUUGUAGUCAAUUUUUCGAUAACAAGGAAACUUUGAAUCAGCAUAUAGAUAGCGAGCACUAUGUACAGUCGCGAGACCAAGUGCAGGUAAAAUUAGAGCCGAGCCUGGAGCAGUCCGAGAGUCCUGUCAAUCUGUCGGGACUCAGUAUAAAGAGUUUCGCAGCAUCUUGGUUGUCGGGCCAAGUUCAAGGUCAGCCACCGGGUCAAGUUCAGGUACAGAGCGAAGACUGGACAGUCGGUAAUACAGUGACACCCGUGAGCACGAUACCAAAUCAUCUACAGGGUCUACCGUUUCCUAGUGCCCUGGCGCAGUACCUUCCUCUACCUGGUUUCCCGCUACCAGACUCGAGCCAGAUAUCGAGACCACCCAUAGGUCCGGCCCCAGUAAGAAUAUUCAAUCCGGAUGCCUACUGCGACCUCUGCAACAAGGAGUUCUGCAACAAGUACUUCCUGAAGACACACAAAGCGAACAAGCACGGCAUAUACGUGGACUCGCCAGGUCAGCCAGCCACAGAAUCCAAUCUUGGUCCACCGGUUUACGGUGGCACGUUCACUCCUGGGAACAUCAAGAUGGAACAGAUUCAGAGGUUAGACGUUGCAGCGGUGCCGCCGCCGCCGCCGCCGUGCAUACCGACGCCCAGCGCCUCCUGCGACGUCUGUCAGAAGAGGUUCAAGAACGAAGAGUCCGUGAGGAAGCACAAGCAAAAGGUUCAUUCGGAGAACAGUGAGCCUGGUGAGAAUCAGCCGAUGCAACCGCCAUCUGUCGAGGAUGACCGGGACCAGAGUUAUCACAGUCUGAGCCCAGGAGCUAUGGAAGCACUUUUCAAGCAGGAGUUCGGCGUGGAGCAGGAAGACACGAGCUUCAUGCCGGCACCCAGACACCUGUCGCCGCAGUCGAUCCAGCAGGCUAGGGAUUCAGGUUUCAACGCGGACCGUCUACGUAGACUGGGUGUUAUAAAUCCUGAUGCCUUCUGCGAGAUCUGCUGCAAGGAAUAUUGUAACAAGUACUUCCUGAGGACGCACAAGAUGAAGCGCCACGGUAUCUACAUCCAGGACAGCGAGAAGUCACCCAGCAACCCUGGGGCGGCCGCCAGCUGGCACCAGGUGCAAACCAGUCCGCUGAACCUGAUCGUGACCGAGACGACCGGGAACAGUUCAGAGUCCAGUGAUAGACCUGGCGAGGAGCACGAGUGCAAGCCCUGCGGGUUGAGAUUUCAGACCAAUGGAUUGCAUCAGGCGCAUAGACAGAAGAUGCACGAGAUCGAAGAGCAAAGGUCACCCAAGCAGGACUACGAGGUCGAGAUCACGGAUCAGCGACCUGACUCCAUUUCCGAAGAUCUUCAGAAGCUCCAGACAAUGAUCCUGCAACUGAACGGUUUGGAAUCUAGUCGCGGUGCACCCUGUGCAGUCUGUGGAAAAGAAUUUGAAACCCGGUUAGCUCUCAGGAGUCACAUGACCACCGAUCACGGCGCCAUCAUCGAGGAGCCAACGUCACCGUGUCCGGUGACAGAGAAGUCACCGACACCUAUGGGCGGUACCGUCAACUGCACCGUCUGCGACAAGGAAUACCUGAAUCACGAUCUAUUGAGGAAACACAUCAGCGAGGAACAUCAGAAUCAAAAUCAGAAUUGUACACCGGCGACGACACCGCUUCCCCAGGCGGUGCCGAUUCCUGUAACUACUACGCCGACGUCGGCGCCAGCGGCGCAGACCGAGCGCAAGGCGUCCGUGUCCAUGACGCCAACGUCCAGCUACUGUGAGAUAUGCAAUAAGGAGUUGUGCAACAAGUACUUCAUGAAGACUCACAUGCAGAGGAUGCACGGGAUUGAAAUUGAAAAUGGGGCCCAGAUCGGUGGCGUUAUAUGCAAUAUAUGUAACAAGGAACUGUGCAGCAAGUACUUCCUCAGGGUUCACAAGCACAACACGCACGGUAUCGUCGAAGAGGGCACUUCCGGUUCGACUAAGCAAGAAUCCUACGAGUCCUCGAAUAGCGAAGACUCGGCCUUGAAACCCGAACAGUUAGGUGACCUGAGUCACAGAUACUUCACCCACUUCACCGAAGUGUGUCCGAUAUGCAGCAGAAGAUUUAGGAGUACGAAAUGGCUGAAGGCUCAUCUGCUGGGAGACCAUGGCAAGGCAGGGGUGGACAAAUGGCGUGAAUUGGAACAACAGUACCAAUCGGCACCACGAGGUGGGAGCAGCAGCAGCAGUAACAAUAGAUCGGCAGGACCUUCGAGGUCUGCGCAUCAGAAUUCUAGCCUAAAGAUACCAAACGGCCUGGAACUGGGUCAGCACGUUAAAUCUACCGAUUACACUGGUCUUGGCAAUCAGGUACUGUCCAACUUAUUUGGUACCGGUUCCGAGGAUCAGCAACUCAAGAGCUACAGGUGUUCCUACUGCAACUUCACGACGACGGUGCUGCCAUUUUUGUUCCUUCACGAAAGGUCUCACGUGAGUCCUCAGGGCGGAACUGGCCUGGACAACGACAGGGGACUCCAAUGUCCGAUUUGCUCCCAGGGUUUUCCACAGCCUGAACUCCUGCACCAUCACCUCCUGACUCAACAUCAGUUUCCCGGACUGCUCACGCAAUUCCAACCGCCGACGCUGAACAACAUCAGGCCUGAAAUAGGCGUCGAUAAGCAUCAAGUUGAAACGAAGGAUCAGGAUCAGAAGGAGGAGCGUCGGCAGAGCAGUCCUCAGACGUCAUCAAGUUUGGAGGUUAAACAAAAAAGUGAGGAACCCGCAGUCCAGGUGACACCUCAGGGCGCCUAUAAGUGCGCCCAGUGUGGCUACGCCACUGCCAACCUCAAUAGGAUCAAGAAGCACAUCAGGAAGGAUCACAAGACCCUCGGCGAUCCUACUGAUAGCGUGAUAACGGAAUUGAGCAAGACUCUCAAAGACGUCGCCAACAAGCACAAGGUGCCAGCCAGUUACGCGAUGCCGCAGGACAUGAAUUCGAAUCCCGACAGGACGGUAAUGCAGCCCUUCCUUAUAGAGGAGUGCGACCUCACGACGCCCGGCGAAGAAUCAAGCUCGGAGAGACGCUUCGCGCCGGCCCUCAUCUAUUUGCCUGUUAAAUCGCGCAUAAACGGCCCCUUGACUGCGUCCUUUACACUGAGUCCCGCCUGAACCCGCUUCUCUGCGGCGUUCUCGGCUGCUAUUGGCUGGCUAUUCAAUUGCCGCGAAAUACGAAAUGCGAAAGCAAAGAACGCGCAGGAUUCUCAAGAUUGAAAUGGCAGGCAGGUUAAACUGGGAUUUAUUAGGUAAAAAUCACAAAGCACGUGGGUUUUGGUUCCUAGGAAUGCGAGUGAGGUAGAGUGAGAGAGUGUGAAAUUCAAAAGAAUAAUAUUGCGAACUAUGAUGAUGAUUAUGAUGAUGAUGGUG